AUGAAUACCUUCGGCUUACAUGCAGACGGACCCUUUGGUGGGAUGGGCGGCAGUUCCUACGAUGCCAGAGAUCGUGAAGAGAAAGUCAAGCAUGUUGAUUUAUGGACCGCAAAUUACGGGGACCGCAACUACGAAGUUAUUGGAGCGUUCAAUCUAGGAUUCCAAGACGGUUAUUCGACCGGUAGAAUCGGCGGAAGAAAUAACGCCGUCCCACUUAACGGACCAUAUUCAUAUACUUUUGCGGAUGAUGAGACAAUAAAUCAUAUGUGGGUCAAUGCUGGAGACGGAGAAGGCUUCGUCAACGGACUCGGAUUCAAAACCAAUAAAAAUUCCGAAGGUUUCAAUGUUGGUGGACAUGAGGGUCACGAAACUGAACUGACAGGUUCUGAUCUUGGUGCGAAUGGCGAAUGGGCCGGAGCUACAGGCAGAGACAACAUACACGGUGCUGAUGCCGUUGUGGACAACAUGAUUCUUUAUUUCAAGGAGUGA